AAAUUCGUCGUGUAAUCAAAGAAGAAAUCAACAAUUUUCAUGAUGAAAGUGAGAAAUUUCACGAAGUUCAAGAAUUCCAAAACUUUCGCGUAGAAAUGCAAAAAUUUUGCGAUGAAAUCAAGACCGAAGUGAAAAGAUUUCACGAAGAAGUUCAGGAAAUCAAGAACUUUCUCGACGAAAUUCGCCAACAUAUUCAAAUUUCGCGACGAAAUUCACAA